AAAUUGGACCUCACCACCUUCUAGCACAAUAAACAAACGCCAAGCUGGUUCCUCCAAGAGAAUUAUAAAUCAAAUUUAACUUUUGUACCAAGCUGACCGCUUCCCAAACUUCUCUUCUUUGUCGCAAUUUUUAAUCUUAUCGCGCUCUAGUUUUGAAACAAAACACUAAGACCCUCCUCGCGCAGCUUGUUUGAGGAGAAUUAAAUAGUAAGUGAGGAAGAAGAAGAACAGCAACGGGAAUAUAGAACUACAAGGUGAGCACCAGGAAACGUAGUAAUUGCACCGCAAACAUAAGUACUUCAGGCUCUUGUAGUCCGCUAAUAUCAUCUUCAUCUAGCCUGCGGCGUUUGUUUUUGAUAAAAAGAGAAGCGCACGACAUUUCUGGAAAAAAAAACAUGACGCAUUCAAGCUCUACCAGGUCGGUCCUUCGGGGUCGGCUGCUCGGUUCAACAGCGCUGAUUUGCCUAUCAGAAGUACGAGCAGUGCUAGUGCUACCUAUGAGGCCCUCAGAUGUGAAGUUUCAAAUUUUUCCAAAAAAAAAACUAGCUACUUUCCAUGCGCAAAUAACUAUGUAAUUCAGUAGCUAGCUAAGGCGGAGCGAUUUCGAGGUCCCCGGCUGCGAACAGGCAUGGUGAUAUCGGGCGGGAGCAACAUGGUGAUAUCGGGCGGAGACACAUGUCCGAAAUGGUUUCGGAUUUCGGGCCAAACAUUGCGCCUGCGGCUUUGCAAUGCCGUAUAUUAAUUUUUUUGAGUCACGGUAAAACUUUAGUCACCAUGGUAUGCUUGAUUUUUUGCAUUUUCGUCCUCAGCUGAUAAGGCCCGGGGGAGGGGGCCCCUUACCCCCCCCCCUCCGGGCCAGCCCGAGUGCCCAUUUUUCGGCUCUCGCAAGAUUUUUGCACCGGUGGCACACGCCGAUUUUGCAGAUUUCGUCCUCAGAUAGAAAGGCCCCCCAGAGGGCCCCCCCGGAGGACCACUUUUGGUCGACCGGAAGGACCCCGUCUUCUCGGCUCCCCAAAAAUUCCGCGUCAUGCCCGCUGCCACGCUUUAUGAAAUGAAAAGCGGAAACACAGGUGCAAACGUCAUCCACUGCAACAAAGCGCGGCGGCAGAAGGGGCAUCUGUAUGCGGUGGACACACUCCCGACCCUGGGGAAGCAGAAAUACACCUUAAGGCAAUAUCCGACAAGACACCGAGACCACGAAACCGCCCUACCCCUACCUGAGCUAGCUAGUUUACGAGAUAGAUAAUGAAUUACCUGGAGUAGCUAGAUUUUUUUUUCGAUUUUUUUCAAAUUUCACAUCUGAGGACCUCAUAUCGACAGCGCUGAUUUGCCUAUCAGAAGUACGAGCAGUGCUAGUGCUACCUCCGGGGUAUGAGGAUGAGCUCUAUUGCCCUGCAGGAUUCUGUAUGGUACACAAGGACCUGGGCCCGGGCUUCGCCGGUCCGCGGUCAGCCUUUCACGAAUGCUUCAACAAAGACACAGGAGUAUCGUUUGGAAUAAUAACUUCUCGUGUGCACAGACAACUUCCAAUCUGAGUGUAUGUACGCGUUUUUAAUACCACUUUACAAUCGCAACAUGUUUGCAUGAAAAUCAAUGCACCUUUUGCCCUUGGUCCACACCUCGUCCUCGAUGCACAGUGAACCUGUGAUGAGUUGUUCUCAUUGCGGGAGCAGGAGCACACCACGAAGAUCACUGAAUUUAUCUAUCAUUUUACAUGCUAGACGAAAGGACGAUGAGCAAGCAUUUUUCAAGUACGACCAUGGGCAUGAGCAUGACAUUGACAACACACCGCUAUUAAUUUGAAUAAAAGUAUUUAGAAAUGUGCAAGUCUGUGCAGGCACACGUAGUUUUUCCAUAGGAUAGCCAGAAAAGACUGGAGUAGUACCCUGGGGAUCAAAAUCAGAUGGAGCUGAGGUACGCAAUAUGAUAACAUUCGCUAGGCCUACGUGCACGGCACGCAUAGCUAUUUCGUUUCUCAUGCGGCCGACGAUGGUUGUUUAGUGUGUGAGUGUAGCGGCCUCAGUCGAUUCGAUUUGCCAUUAAGUGGUUGUGGUCGUGCAAAAAGUUUGCAUUUGAGACGAAAUUGAAUGUGAUUCUGAUCUUCUAUCAGGAGGAGAAACAGAGGCUGUUACAGAACGGUCACCACUAUCCACUGGAAAUAUUUCUGAGUCCGGGAAAAUGCAGCUUGUCUUGUUGCGUGUCUUGCAUGCAUGUAGGAUCUGUGUUGCAUGCAUGACCAGCAAAGCCGCAGCCUCGUUUGUCAUGCGAAAUAAACGCAAUUCGUCACGUGAACUAGCUACGCCUGUACUUGUUCAGAGAGCGACGUUGCAAGAACUUGCCAUCCUUGGUUGCUGCAUGAAAAAUACUUCCUCUUUUCAUUAUCCGCAAAGCAGCAGUAUCACAGGCCGAGGCUUCCACCCCCAGACAUAUUUCUUGCAUUGGAUAACCACACGGAAGAUUGCCCCGACGACGUGGCAAAGCAGUACCGUGCGUCGCUGCAGCAAGGGCCGGAUGACCAUCAAGAUCUAGCUAUUGCGAGGAAAAAUUCCCCCGCCUCUCCAUAUCAAGAAGGUACGACGCAAAGAAUUUGUAAUGUUGCUUUGUGGCCACAAAUCUUUUUGUCUUGCAAAAAGGCAACCCGACAGUCUUCGCCGGAUGAUUACGCGGGCGGCUUGUGAUGCUGCUUGGGCUACAGCAUAGAAACAUACUGUGAUGCUAAGCGUCCACGUCAGAAGCUCUGUUGUAAUCAGGCGCGGCAUAUGCCUGCAGUCCUCUACUGCAAGACAGUUCUGAUUUCUUGUGUUCGCAAAUCCAGCAUCAGAAGCGUCGUUUUCGUAAUAUGGGGAGGGGGAGGCUUUCGUUUUGAUAUCAGUUCCCGACGAGCCCCCGGAGCAGGAGGUCGUGGUGGAGCCACUCCAGGAGGUGGUGGAGCAGGAGGACGUUUCGAUACCAGUUCUAUCAAAUGCAAAAAUGUCUGGGUCUGGAAGAUUGCGCGAUUUGUCAUGCAGAUUUUCCAUGACCCAUGAGGUCUGGAAUGCAGGACGAAGCAUGACACAUUCUGUGCGAUCUCUCUCAUGCCUAUCCUGCAUGAGAAACUCCCUCCUGACUUGGUCAAAACUGGGCGACUUUUGGUAAUCAUGCAACACAGAUUUUUACAUGCUUCAGAUUUAGCAUGACAAGUUGCAUUCUUCCAGACCCAGACACUUUUACAUUUGAUAAGCUCCCGACCACGAAACGCCGCCGCUCCAGUCGUGGAGCCAUAUCCAAUGCAAAAGCAUCGUAUUCGUAUUGCCAUCAUGCAUUACAAAUCCUUCUGCUAAGGUAAAUCCGCAUUACACAUUUUAUUUCUCAUGCUGAGGAAAUUUGUAAUGCAUUUAUACGAGUACGAUACUUUUGCAUAUGGAGGUACGUCCGUCAACUGAGACUACAGUGGCACGCUUUUCAAAGUAGAUAGGGUAUCUACUUUUUGGUAGAUACGGUUUUCAGAAAUUUUGAAAAUUGUAUCUACUUUGAUUUUGAGUAUUUUGGGAUUGAUCCUUGGUUUUUCAAGGAUCAAUCCCUGGCAAUCCAAGGAUCAAUCCUUGAAAGCCAAGGAUUGAUCCCAAAAUGACCGAAAUUGAAGUAGAUAUGGUAUUGGGAAGAAGACGCAAGCAAUUUGCUGUCUCGACAACGAAAAAGAGUGCGCCACGUUGUCAGAGACAGCAAAUCGCCUAAGCAAGACGAAGAAGGAGCACCCAGCAAGCAAGAAAUGGGCCGCGACGAUACCAGGCCCGUGCAUCCAACUCCGUGGCCGGGCACUGCGCAAAGAAAGCGCUAAAGCAAUCGCAAAGAGGGCGCUACUCUCGUCUUUGACUUUGGACAAACAAUCGCCGCGGGGCGUCUUCGCCCCGGUCAGGGUGCCUGCGUCCUGCAGGUGGGCUCCGAUCCCAUUGGCGCGCCGUGCCUUGCUUCUGCGCACGCGCCCCGCCGUUGUGUUUCUCUUGGGUUCGCUCUCGUUGAUGGCUAUGGCAUUGCUAUCGGCAUGACUAUGAGACGGGGGCGCAGACACUGUCUGUGGCCUUGGCGCGCGGGCGUGUUCCUGUGUGUGUAUGGGAAUAAGUAUGGCAUGCGCGCGAGCACAAUGGCAGCCAAAGGGGAAGAAGGCCGCCACGGCUCUUCCUUGUUUGCGUUCAGGCCUUGCGCCUUUGUUUUCCAGCGCGGCUGUUUUGAAUAAUUCUACUAGCACCCGGGCACCGGAAGCAAAGCCCAAAGCUGAGGCUUUCCCGACGGCCAAAUCUCAUACCCGCGAGCACGGGGUGAGAUUUUCCCAGCCCCAAAGCGAAAAUCUCGCGCCCUGGUGUCCAGGGCAUGAGAUUUUCGCUUUCCCGGCUCCAAGUCUCAUACUCGCGAACAGGGCGUGAGAUUUCCCCAGCUCCAACACCCCACGCCCUGGUGGCCAGGGUAUGAGAUUUUCCCGGGUCCGAAACAUUAUACCCGCGAGCAGGGCGUGAGAUUUUCGCUUUCCCCGCUCCAAAAUCCUGCUCCAAUGGCCUCAGCAGGCCAGGGCGUGAGAUUUUGCCAGCUCCAAAAGCUCGCGCCGUGGUGGCCAGGGCACGCUGGAGAUUUUCCCGGCUUCAAAAAAUCACGCCCGCGAGCAGGGCGUUAAAGUUCCCCGGCUUCAAAACUUACGCCCAGGUGGCGAGGGCGUGAGAUUUUCCGAGCUCCAAAAUCUCAUGCCCGGGGGGACAGGGCGUGAGAUUUUCCCGGCUUCGAAAAAUCACGCCCGCGAGCAGGGCAUAAAAUUUUUCCGGCCGAAAAUCUCACGCCCGGGGGGCGGGGGUGUAGGGUUGUCCUGGCUCCAAAGUCUCUUGCCCUGGUGGCGAGGGCAUUGGGUUUCCUCGGCUCCAAAGUCUCAUACUCGCGAGAUGGGCAUGAGAUUUCUCCGACUCCGAAAGCUCAUGCCCACGAGCAGGGCACGCAGGAGAUUUUCCCGGCGGCAAAAUCUCACGCCCUGGUGGCGAGGGUGUGAGGUUUUCACGGCUCCAAAAUCUCAUACCCUGGUGGCGAAGGCGUGAGGUUCUCCCGGCUCUGAAAUCUCACGCCCACGAGCAGGGCGGCACUGCCGCCCUGGCAAAUUCCACCACUGAUUUCCCGCUUAAAAAAAUCUAAAUCCUAGCAAAGCCCCGGCGCAGUUCCGUCGGGCUCUUCCUUUGGAGGUCGUGGCAGUGCGUGGAGAAAGGGCGCCCCCCAUGGGGCAUGUGGUCGGCCGCAGUCUUGCUCCCUCGUUCUGUUUCUCCGAAGGCCCCCCGCUUUUUUUGUAUCCGCCCCCGCAGUGGUGCGGCCCGGCGGCUGGAUGGGCGGGCCUCUCGCUUGUGUCGCGCAGCGGCCCGGACUUAUGAUUUUGCCCAGCUUUUGGCGUUCCUUCUCCUUGGAAAUUGCCGGGCCGGGUGUUGCCCUUGUUUCUUUGUGUUUUGGUCGGGCCCGGGGGGUUUGAUUGUUGUCUGCAAGCAGGGCCAGGGGGUUCUGGUUUUUUUUCGGGGGCCGGGUUGGGGUUUGGUUUGUGCCCUAGCGUGGGCCUCGUUGUUUUUGUUAUUGGUGGAGACGCCGGCCGGGGGGCCAUUCCGGACAUUCCGUGGGGCAAUGGCGCGGGUCGUAGUUAGUUUCGACGUGUGUGCCCCGGCUCCCGGAGGGUUGGUAGGGAGCGGGGUACUUUUGCGGAUAAUUCUUGGGAUUAUUUCAAGAGCAACGAAAUCGGGAAGGUUUCGCUGGUUUGCAAAUUAGGCCAAGAAUUAAGCUAAACGCUAGCCCUUAAAUUAGAGCAAAAAUUACGCCCAAGAUCGCCCAAAAAUCCCAAAGAAGUAACGUCCGCCCGGAGGGCCAUCCGACCGACGCGACUCCGAAUUUGCCCGGCGGAUGCCGCGGGCCGGGCCGUUUCCUGGAAGGUGUGCGCCCGGUAUCGAUCAGGGCCAGGCGGUGGCCCGGGCCGCCGUGGAUUUUGCCCGGCCCGCGCCUUUUCUUUGUUGUCUUUCUUUGGGUUCUGGGGGUGUUUCUUUUGGCGCUUGCAGGCGCCCGCGCCUCUCUUGGGCUGCUUUCUGUGCCGCCUCCUCAUUUCGCGGGCGCCGUGGCACACCCCGCAGCCCCGGCGGCGCUCGUUUUAGUUUCCCGGCCGCGUAAUGUUGCCCGGUGGCGCCAAAUUUUGCGCCCUUUUCCAUGCCACAGGGCCGCGGGGGGGCCCGGGGGGGUCGGUGGCGUCCGCCGGUGUGGUGUUGCCGCCGGGAACGAAGGGGCGCCGCCUCCCCUGUGUUUGAUCGGGCGCCGCUUUGCGUCUGUGUUGCCUUGUGUCCUGUAAAUUAGAAAAAUUUAAGCCGCGAGCUAACGCGGUAGCUUGCCAGGGGCCGGCAGCCUGGCGGCAGAUUUUCCGUCCCGGCUCCAAAAUCUCAUACCCGCGAGCAGGGUAGAGAUUAGCCGGGGCCCAAAAUCUCACGCCCUGCCCGUGGGCAUGAGGUUUUUCCGGCUGUAAAUCUCACGCCCUGCUUGCUCGUGGGCGUGGGAUUUUCCGUGCCGCGCAAUCUCAUGCCCUGGCGGCGAGGUAGGGCGUGAAACUUUUCCGGCUCCCAAAUCUCACACCCGCGAGCACGGCUUGAGAUCUUCCCAGCCCCGUCCAAAGCCUCGCGUGGCCAUGGUUGGCAUGAGAUUUUCCCGGCCCCCGAAUCUCACUCAUACCCGCGAGCACGGCGUGAGAUUUUCCCCGCCCCAAAACCUCACACACCCCCACGACGAGCAGGGCGCGAGAUUUUUCCGGCUCCGAAAUGUCAUGCCCUGGUGGCGGGGGUGUGAGAUUUUCCCGGCUCCAGAAUCGCGGUCGCCCGGGUUCGGAGAGGCCGACGGAGGCCGGGCGCGCGCCCGCGGGACGGUAGAAUUCGGGCGCGGGGAAGAGGAGGGCGGGCGCGACCGAGGGAGGAGGAGGCCAGGCGCAGGACGGAGGAGGAGACCCACUCCUUGACGGAGAAGGCCGGGUCCGGGAGGGUGGAACUUCCCGGGCGCGGGAAGAUGGAGGCCGGAUUUGGGUGCGGGGGGGCGGGCUCGGGGAAGGGGAGGCGUGGCGGGUUUUGGUAGACGACAGGGGAGGCGAUAUGAGAUUGCUUUUUCGGCUUUCUUGGGUUAAGUGGUGUGUUUCGUGAACCUUCAGCAGCUAAGUCCUCCUCGUUUCUGUUAUAUAGGUUUUGGGGAAGAGUUCGCGACUAUGCAACGGAUGGCAGUAUCAAGAGCAAUGCUAUGAGCAAUGGCAUUGUGGCCACAAAAAAUAUUGGCAUCUGGCCAAUUUGGGACUUUAUCCUUAUUGACGCUCCAAAACCUAGAUCGCUGACCUAAUAGAUCCGGGAUCUAUGUAUUAGAUCAAGCGAUCUAGAUUUCCCUCGCAAAAAAGUGCUUGGAUGAUCGCAAAAAAAUAUUUGAAAAUGGCUCUUUUGGGAUUUUAUCCGUUUUGAUGCUCCAAAUUCUAGGUCACUGACCUAGGAGACCCGGGAUCUCCUAGGUCAGUGAUCUAGAAUUCCCGGGAAUUCUAGAUCACUGACCUAGGAGAUCCCGGGUCUCCUAGGUCAGUGACCUAGAAUUUGGAGCAUCAAAACGGAUAAAAUCCUAAAUUGCCCAUUUCCAAAUAUUUUUUUGCGAUCAUCCAAACAUUUUUUUGCGAUCUAGGUUUUGGACCAUCAAUAAGGAUAAAGUCCUAAAUUGACCAGAUGCCAAUACUUUUCGCGAUCAUUAUGCCCCCCCUGCCUCCUCACGGAGAAAACGCCCCCCAUGCCGAAGCAGCGCGCAGGCUGGCCUCGAGGGGCCGGGGAAUACGGCGGGCGCGGUUGGGCAAUGGGGGGCGAUCCGACAAGGCUCGCAAGGCUCAGGCGCUGCCCGCCGCGCCGUUUCUGGCGGCAUCCGGAAGCAACGGCGGCGGGGCGUGCGCUGCUCGGCUUGGUGUGUUGCUUGUCCCCUGCGGAGGUAUCGCGCCCGCGCCUGUUGUGUGAGAGAGUGCAACGAAUGCCAAAAACAAGGCCAAGUGCAAAAGCCCGAGCGACCACCGCCUGCCAACUAACCGGCCUACGUCCUCCACCCCGCGCCCCCCCCGCCUCCUCUUCCCCGAGGCCGCCCCCCCGCACCCCAAUCCGGCCUCCACCUUCCCGCGCCCGGGAAGCUCCACCCUCCCGGACCCGGCCUUCUCCGCCACGGCCGUGUGGGUCUCCUCCUCCGUCCUGCGCCUGGCCUCCUCCUCCCUCGGUCCGUCGCGCCCGCCCUCCUCUUCCCCGCGCCCGAGUUCUACCUUCCCGCGGGCGCCCGGCCUCCGUCGGCCUCUCCGAACCUGGGCGACCGCGAUCCUGGAGCCGGGGAAAUCCAACACCCUCGCCACCAGGGCAUGACAUUUCGGAGCCGGAAAAAUCUCGCGCCCUCAUGCGGAGACACCCUGGGCGGAUUUCCGUUCUAAAAUCUGGCUAGUUUUCCCGGGAUUUCAAAAAAUCCGGGCGCCCGGCCCGCCGCUCCGUGAUGGCUUCGCUUCCGGGCGAGGCGAGCCUUGCCCCGAAGCGCCCACCCCGGCGCCCCCGGUUUUGGUUGCGCAGGCGGCAGGCCCUUCCCCUGCCGGUGUUUGUUUGCCUGCCUGGCGUCGGGCAGAGUUAAAAUUUAAAAACUCGGCCCGUUUUGUUUCGAUAGUCGGCGCCGCGAAAUUUUAAUUCUGGGCGCGAUUGUGUUUUGCGUGGUGGGGGUUCUGGGUGGAGGGAGAAGCGAAAUCGCUCAGGUGGUAGGGGAGGGCAUUAGCUUAGGAAAAUGUAGAUGCGAGGCGGCGCGCGCCGCCGCUUCGCAUCUCAUGGAGGAUUUUUUUGUCUGUCAUGCUGGACAUGGUGUUCAAUAUUUUUCAAUAUCGGCCAGUCCGAAAAGAAUGCUCAUGCUCAUGCUCGAGAGCAUCGAGAUGGUGUUCGAUGAUUUCGAACAUGAGCAUGAACUUCGCGGAAGGGAGCCGGAAAUCUUCCGGCUUCGCUUCCGCUUUCGGCGUUUCGAUUUCCUCUCUGACAUCUUCUAAAGUCGCAUUAUAGCGACUUUGUGCGGGAUUUUGCGCUAUCGGCAAUUUUAGAGAACUAUUAGAAGUUCUCAAACUGCCGUGCGCGCAAAAGAAUUAGAGGCGGUUUUUAGAGGGGAAAUUAGAGGACAUUUUAGAGGCGCUUUCAGAGGCGCUUUUAGAGUCGCCUUUUAGAGGCGCAUUUUAGAGACGCCCUUUAGAAGCGCACUUUAGAGGCCUACUUUAGAGGCCCAUUUUAAAAGGCCACUUUAGAGGCCAGAAUUAGGAGCGCACUUUAGAGGACAAAAUUAGAGGCCAACUUUAGAGGCCGAAACUAGAGGCCGGGUGCAGCGGGCCGGUUUUCGUAAAAGGUCAUCCUGUCGCCCAUGUCGGAUCAUCAUAUCAAAUCGUGGCGAUGAUCCGACACGAAGGUGAUCGGGAUGAUCUCUUGUCCUGUCCCGCCUCCUUCUCUAUUAUCUUCCUGGCUUGGGUCGCCCUGUCCGGUUUGUGGGGUUCUUGUCUUUGUGCCGUCUCGCCUGUUUCCUGUUUUGGCCCAUGUCCCGACCUCGUCUUUUCGAUGGGUCUUUCGGCGGGGACUUGUGGUCUUUGUUUUUUUAACAAAACCGGAAAAAUUAGAAGAACAUUAGAGGGCGGGACCGCCCGGGUGUUUUCCGCCUGAGCGCCCUGCUCGUCGUGGGGGUGUGUGAGCUUUGGGGGCGGGGAAAAUCUCACGCCGUGCUCGCGGGUAUGAGUGAGAUUUGGGGGCCGGGAAAAUCUCAUACCGUGGCCACGUGAGGCUUUGGAGGGGGCCGGGAAGAUCUCAAGCCGUGCUCGCGGGUAUAAGAUUUGGGAGCCGGGGAAGUUUCAUGCCCUCGCCGCCAGGGCAUGAGAUUGCGCUGCGCGGAACAUCUCACGCCCACGAGCAAUCAGGGCGUGAGAUCUACAGCCGGGAGAACCUCAUGCCCACGGGCAGGGCGUGAGAUUUUGGGCCCCGGCAAAUCUCACGCCCUGCCCGCGGGCAUGAGAUUUUGGAGCCGGGAAAAUCUGCCGCCCACCCUGCUCGUGGGCGUGAGGUUUCAGAGCCGGGAGAACCUCACGCCCUCGCCACCAGGGUAUGAGAUUUUGGAGCCGUGAAAACCUCACACCCUCGCCACCAGGGCGUGAGAUUUUGCAGCCGGGAAAAUCUCCUGCGUGCCCUGCUCGUGGGCAUGCGAUUUCAAUUCGGAGUCGGAAAAAUCUCAUGCCCUGCUCGCGGGUAUGAGAUUUUGGAGCCGAGAAAACCCCACGCCCUCGUCGCCAGGGCAUGAGACUUCGGACCCGGAAAAACCUCACGGCCUCGCCACCAGGGCGUGUGUGAGAUUUUCGGCCGGAAAAGUAAAGACUUCGUGCCCUGCUCGCGGGCAUGAUUUUUUGAAGCGGGAAAAACCUCACGCCCUGACCACCCGGGCGUGAGAUUUUGGAGCUGGGAAAAUCUCAUGCCCCCGCCACCAGGGCGUGAGAUUUUGGAGCCGGAGAAAUUUCAUGCCCUGCUCGUGGGCAUGAUUUUUUGAAGCCGGGAAAAUCUCACGCGUGCCCUGGCCACCAGGGCAUGGGCUUUCGGAGCUGGGAAAAUCUCACGCCCUGCUCGCGGGUAUAAUAUUUCGGACCCGGGAAAACCUCACGCCCUGGCCGCCAGGGCAUUGGGUUUCGGUGCUGGGCGAAUAAGUCUCAUGCCCUGGCCGCCAGGGCAGGAGGUUUUGGAGCUUGGAAAAUCUUACUCCGUGCUCGCGGGUAUGGGAUUCCUUUGAGGGCCGGGAAGGUCUCACUUCGUUCCGGUGCCCGGGUGCGAGUAAAAUUAUUUUAAAGAGCCGCGCUGAAAAAGAAAAGCGCAAGAACUGAACUCAAGCAAGGAAGAGCCGCGGCGGCCUUCUUGCCCUUUGGUUGCCAUUGUGCUCGCGCGCCUGCCAUGUUUCUUCUCAUACACGCACAGGCACACGCCCGCGCGCCAAGGCCACCGGCAGUGUCUGCGCGCGCCCCCGUCUCAUAGUCAUGCCGAUAGCAAUGCCACAGCGAUCAACGAGAGCAAACCCCAGAGAAACACAACGGCGGGGCGCCGCGCGCCAAUGGGGCCGGAGCCCAAUGCCAGGGCGCAGACACAGACACUGAGCGAAGACGCCCCGCGGUAAUUCCUUGCUCCUUCGAAGGCGAGAGCGCUUGCGUUGCGAUUGCUUUAGCGCUUUCUUUGCGCAGUGCCCGGCCACGGAGUUGGAUGCACGGCCCUGGUAUCGUCGCGGCCCAUUUCUUGCUUGCUGGGUGUUCCUCCUUCGUUUUGCCUAGGCGAUUUGCUGUUUCUGACAACGUAGCAGACCCUUCUUCGUUGUCGAGACAGCAAAUCGCUCGCGUGUUCUUUCAAAAAUCAUAUCUACUUCAAUUUCGGCUAUUUUGGGAUCAAUCCUUGGAUUGCCAAGGAUUGAUCCUUGAAAAACCAAGGAUCAAUCCCAAAAUACCCGAAAUGAAAGUAGAUACAAUUUUCAAAAUUUCUGAAAACCGUAUCUACCAAAAAGUAGAUACCCUAUCUACUUUGAAAAGCGUGCCACUGUAGUCUCCACUUGACGGACGUACCUCCAUACUUUUGCAGUUCAUAAGCCAGUGGCUUCGCAAAUACCGCGACCCACUAGUGCAGCUGGCCGACAACGAGGAGAAGGGUGUCGCUCUUAAAUGGGCGGAGGUCUGGCGCCAGUUUCGCGAAGAUAAUGACUUGUUCUCUCCAUCCCCUGCUUAUCGGCAUCUCGUCUACACCUACCAGCCGGAACCAACCCUAAACCCUGAACUCCGAGUCCGACUUACUACAAUGUAUAGGCGUCGCAAGGGCGCCGCUACGUUUCUGCAGCUCCUGGACCUUCCCGCUGGGAGUUUGGUUCUGGGGCACUGGAAAGGGCUGCGAGAAAAUGAUGCGCGUUGGCUGCAGGAUUGGGAGAACCCCUGGGAUCUUGCGAAAAAAGGCUACUUUUCGUUUGGUCGUGGCAUUAUUGUAUCCGGAAUUUUAGAAACGUACCCACUCUGUAUUUGUUCUUGUCCUGCAUGCCACGGCCACGGCCACACGUCAAGCCCAGAAUGGGUCUCAUGCGCCCGCCACCCGCCCGCUGGCUCUAGAUCUGGCCUUGCUGCCCACUCCCCGGAGGGGACGCGAGCCUGUGUGCACCCAGCGAGACCGGCGACAACUCGGUGCUGAUGAUGAUGCCGAUGCGCAGGAGCAGCCCUGUGCUGAUGGGCACCAUUUAUUUGUCACCGUGUUUUCUGGUGCAGGGUAAAAAUCUUGGUGAUUUCAAGUUUAUAUGUCAUGCUCUUCUAACUACUGCAGCCCAACUACUUAUUCAUAUUAACCAGGGCGUCCUCGGGGAGGAGACUGAUGUCGCUGCACUAGUAAAAGCCAACAAAAACAAGCUGCACGGCUCGAACGCUGCAGAGCGUCCAAGAUGAUGAAAGUUGUCAUGCGUAACAAGAACUACCCGGAGUUUGUUUUACUUCCUUUGUGUAGUACGUAUAGCAAAAAUCAUGUUAUGUAGGAUCGUUUUGACAAUGAGGCGGGUACGUUUCAUAUUUUCGAGAGGAUAUUACAACGUGAGUGACCCCCAAGACUUGGACGCCCCGGACCAGGAGAAGCAGGAGGUCUUUCAGACCCAUGCCCCGACCUUGUAUCGCGUUGCCAUACGGGAUUCUCAAACGUUACAGUCUCAACUGGUGUUGCACGAUUUAUAAUGAUGCAAAAUGGCCAUCAGUAGGUACAUGAUCAGGCUGCCUCGCAUGUUGACAAGUUGAAGUUCCCGACGCGCCAAAUAGCAUUAGACAGAAUCUGUGUAGUCAAACCUGUGAUGCACAAUAAAGCGCAAGCCCAAGCUCCCCAUUUUCGCCUACGCUUUUCUUUGCGAUUCUUGCAUUACAAAUUCAUGUAAAAACAUCUGAGAAGGUAACCGAUUUGAGAACUCCAUAUGCCAAGGGUGGUAUUUUGAAAGAGGUUGGCGGGAAGGGCUAUGGGGGUGUCAGGAUCUUCGAAAUCGACAAAAUCGAAUUCGAAAAAUUUGUAAUGCAUAAAAUGUAAGGCACGCAUUGCCAGUAUUGGGGAGCUGCAGGCAAUUGAGACCGAUUGCAAGCCUGUUCUUUGGGGGAAGACGAUGCGCUGCGAGAGUAGCAUGACAGGAGCAGAAGUCUUCUUUGCCCAAACAGUGCGGCAGAUUGGAUUUUGGUCCUUCCAUAAUUUGUCCUGCGCCGUUCUUUGGAAACUGAGGCUCCAGGUGGUAUCGAUUUGUAUGCAUCACAAGUCAUUUCGAUAUUUGUUGAUUCCGAUCCUGACGCCUCCAUAAGGGCAGCUGGUUCAAUAUUAAAAAAGCCGACUCCGAAAUUGCAGCGCGCCUCGAAAGCCUAGUCGCGGAGACCUCUGAAGGUAAAGAUGGCUAUAUUUGGUGGGAGCUGCAGCUUGGCUUGUUCUUCUAUGGCGUUCUCAAAUGUUACAUUCUCAACCGUUACAUGAUUUGUCAUGCAAAAUUCCUGAAGGGCCAAACAGGCUGGGGAACUGUUCCAAAUCUGUCAUGCAAGACACGCAAGGUCACCCCGUCCACUUUUUCAAUUCUUGCAUCACAAAUUCAUGUUCCCGCGCCUGCGGAGGCUUGCCUCCCCAGCGAUAAUGGACAAUGGCAAUGUCGGCGCGGUUGUUUUAGAUCACAAAUAAUAGUUGAGAAUGUAACAGUUGAGCGCACCAUAUCUUCCAUUUUCAAUUUUUUCCGCUGACGGUUGACGACCAUAAAGGGAAAACACCACUGGACCCCUGGACACCUGCAGUCCGUCCCCUGCAUAUGACGCUGCUCUCAAACGUUACAUCCUCAAGUGUUACAUGAAUUUUGCAAUUUUUGCAAUAAUUCUUGCAUUUACUAUAAUAGUAAUGCAAGAAUUGCAAAACUGGCCAGGGAUAUUUUCAUCCGUCCUCGUCUUGCAUACAAAUUUGGAACGGAUUUCGAUGCUAUUUUUUCAUUACCCUUUCGCCUUCAAGAAUUUGUCAUGCAAGCCAGCGUUAUGGUGUGGAACUGGAAGCUGAUAGCAAUUUUGCAUGACAAAUCAUGCACAGCUGACAAUGUAACGCUUGAGACCUCCAUACUGCAAAGGGUGCGCGUGAACGUGAAAGCCAGGAACCCAGCGCAGAGCGGGGCUAUGCAUUGCAAAAGUAUCGUACUAGUAUAAAUCGCAUGACAAAUUUCCUCAGCAUCAGAAAUAAAAUUUGUCAUGCGGAUUUAGCUUCAGAAAAAAAUUUGUAAUGCAUGGUUGCGAUUACUACGAGUACGAUACUUUUGCACAGGAUAGGGGCCUACUGGCUACGACUCGUCGAUGAUGGGGAUGCUCCGCCCGACACAGAGGUUGACCAUCUCCACGACAUGGAGUACACUUUGGAAAGGGAUUGGGCAUUCGACCGCGAUAUUCCAGAAGUAUGAAAUGCAAAUAUGUCUGGGUCUGGAAGAUUUGGAGAGUUUGUCAUGCAAAUUGUACAUGGCGUCCGAUGCCUGCAAUGCAUUAUUCUCUAGCAUCACAGCUUUCAUCGCAUAGGUUUGCUCAUGCCUAUUCCGCAUGAGAAGUGCCCUCUUUGAGUAGCAACAAUCUGAGCGCCUUUUGCCUCUCAUGCAAUACAGAUUUUUGUGUGAUCGACAGCUAGCAUCACAAAUCACAUUCUUUCCAGACCCAGACACUUUUGCAUUUGAUAAGAAGCGAUCGCCAGCAAGGUGUACGACAGUACCAGAGCGGUGCUGCUGAAAGAGAAAGCGAACGAUGUGGAGACAAACGCGGAGGAAGAGAUUCAGCGAAGGCGCAUGCUUGCCGGCGAAUCCUCCUUCUCCAUCCAAAACCGAGUGGUUGACUUGCACUCCGGCGCCCCUGACCUUUUCCCGGACUACAUGGAAAAAUCUCCAAAAAAGCUGGGCAGGACCAUCAUCCCUAACCCCGUGCACUAUUUCAAGAAGUCGGCGAACAGUGUGAAACGCCGCUUCGCCCAGCGCCGGUUGGCUCAGGCCACGCAGAAAAAGGAGGCGGCAGAAAACCGCUCCGAGGCCAAGAUCGAGGCGCUAGCGUUGAAGGUCAAGAAACUGGCGAGCGGCGCGUUGUCCACCAGAUUCAGUGGGGGACCGGCUCCUUCUGAAGUAGAACACGGUGACCAAGAGGACAUCGUCUUGCGCCCGGAGGAUGUUUAUCGUAGGGGAAAAUUGUCCCUCCUCCCGAUUAUACUGAAAAAGUGCGCUAGUGAAAAUUUGCAAUGUGAAUGUUGAUUUGUGACCACAAAUCGACGACGUUCCUGUCUUGCAAGAAGGCAACUACCCGCCCACAAAGUCCGCCGCAAUAUGUAUGCAGGCUGUUAUUUGUGAUGUUGGUGGCCAUAUAGCGCUAGUAGGGCGGACAUCUACCAUGCGAAGUUCCUACGUUGCGAUAUCCCUAGUAAGUACCCAGGCUUAGACUUUGCCUACAGAUACAGAAGUCCCCAACUUCUGCAAGACAAAACUGAUUUGCGUACGCGGCAAGAAACCCCGCCGCGUGAUAGAUUUCGAUGCUUAGAUCGGUGCGAUAUUUUUGGGGCGGGGGGGAUUUUUCGUUCUGAUAUUGUGGAGGGGUUCGAGGUAUCUUUGAUCCAAGACGGUGGUCUGCUCUUCUUACCUCAAAACGGGAACCGCGAGUGGCACAACAGCGACCCUUUCGAUAAAGACAGAAAGAGAAAGUUCGCGGACAAGGUGAAUAUGGGACUCUCUGACAUUACGUUCUCAUCUGUUACAUAAUUUGUCAUGCAAAAUCAGCAUCAACAACAAGAACAACAUCCACACGGUGAAGCUACUUGUUCGCAUGACAAAUUUAUGUUUAUCUGCAAGGGGUAAGUAAACACGGAGUUUUUGAAUCGCAUCAGAAGAAGGAUCUUCAUACGCACGAGCAACCCACGCCAAAACAAUAAAGACCACGAGGCUGCGUCAUUUUUCCUUCAUGAUUUUUUUGCGUUUUUUCUUCUUUUUUGUCAUCAUGAAAAAUCUGGAGCAACCGAGAGCAUUCGGAGCGGGUUCGGCUUUUCUGUCGCCUACCGCGAGCUUCUUUGAGCACGACACUCCAUCUUUGCAUUUCUUUGCCAUUCUUGCAUUACAAAUUCGGAAAGGUGCCCUAUGUGUUGCGUUUGUGGUUUCGGUCGGUUUAGCAUUACAAAUUCAUGUAACAGUUGGCAGUGUAACAAUUGAGAAUCCCAUAGUGCAGGCGCUCGACCUCGGGGGGAUGGCGUUCUCUGAAGGACCGGGCAGGAUGAAGGACCGGGUCCCGCUGCAGAAGGCUCAGUUGAAGAUCGGCCCUGAGGAUCCAAAACGGGAGGGAAGAGAUGCGAAUGCGGUGCUCGUAGAUUUCGUCGCGAACAUUUGGGACCAGUUCCUGAAGGUGUUGCAGCAGGUGGCCAACUAUGAACUGCAAAAGUAUCUGUAUCGUAUUCGCAUAAUUGCAUUACAAGUUUCCUCAGCAUGAGAAAUAAAAUUUGUCACGCGGAUUUCCCUUACGAAAUAAAAAAUUUGUAAUGUAUCAUGACUGCAAUUAGAAUUACUACGAACGCGAUGCUUUUGCACAGGAUACCAACCCGCGGACGACGGUGACGGUGCUCCUCCCUAAGCUCCCCAUCAACGUUUCUGAUCCCUACAAGAAUGCGAAAAGCAUGCAUGUGGAACAUGCUUCGCAUCCGCAACUAAGCCGCGACAAGUCGCUGUACCGAAUGCUGCAGGAUUAUGGAUGUGUCAGGUUUGAAAUCGUCAAAGUUGAGAUAGUUUGUCAUGCAUAAAACGGAUACCAGUUAGACCUACAGUUUGUAGUCGGCGCAUGACAAAUUUCCCCGGUCCUGGAAGCGGGUCUGUCAUGCGGUUAAGGGAAAAAGAGCUGCCUUCUGCUGUACCGAUGUAAACGAAGAGAUUCCAAAAUACGAAAUUCUACAACGAAGGCGAACAAAUCCCGAGUAGCGCGAUGCUGAGAGUGAGUGCUUUUCGUUUUCAAAUAAAUACUUGCAUUCCACAGAAGGACACUGAGAAAAUAUUCAAAACAGCAUGAGAAAUCUUUUCGCUUUCCGAGUGCCCCAGUUUUGCCGGACUACGGUUUCUCAUCGUGUUUGGCUUUCAAAUCUCGAAAAUCUUGAUCAAACAUUUUUGGAUCUCGUUGUGAUUUCAUCGAUAGCUGAGGUUGCAGCAUACGCCCCCAAAAUCACAAACGAGAUUUUUCACACCAAAAUACUUCAUCACUUCGAAACCCCAAAUAAAUCCUCACUCUAUUACUCGAUGCGAAAGUUGAAUUUCUUCAACGCCUCCACCAAUUUACGACGAGAAGGCGCGGGCUUAGUCAUCACGUCAGCAGCCAUCUCCGUAGUAGCCACUUUCUUAACGCAAAUCACUCCGCGUUCAACGCAGUCCCGUGCGUAGUGCUGGCGGUGGUCGAGGUGUCGCAUCUUCUUGCUGUUCCCAGUGUUUGAACCCUGUACGAAGUCAAACGAACCUUUGUUGUCCUCCUCUACUUCGCUCGGUCCCUUCUGAAGCGUGAAGCGUUUAUCGUGUUCCGAAAACCAUGCGAACAGGCUGCGCAAAAAUACUACAUCCUUGGCGCAGGCUGUGAGCUGGCAGUAUUCCGCUUCCGUGGAAGACAUUGAUUUUUACGUUGUCCAGCAUCAGCUUCGAAGACCAAAUCACCAGUGAAUUGCUAAUCGCGAUGAGGUGGCCGCCCGUUGAUCGUCCUGUUUCCUUGCAUCCCUUCCAGUCGCGGUCCUUGUUGGCAGAGAUUUCGAACGGUGUGGCUGGGUCAGGUGGGCCAUACACCGCCCGCGACUUCUUGGUCCCCGCUACGUACCGCAUGUAAUGCUUCAGGGCUGAAACAUGUGCGACAAGUGGGCGAGAAACAAAUCGCGCAGAGUGUCCCUGGCAAAAUGAUAAAUCCGGUCUCGACAUGUUCGGCAAAUAUCCCAAGGUCCCCAGGAUCUGGCGCUGCAGGUUGUCGGCUGGAGCAAGAUCACCUUCGAGGGACAAUUUGUUCUCGAUCGGGGUCGGCGCGCCCUUCUCCGAAACUCCAAACUUGCGAGUGAAUUUUUCGACAUACCGGGCCUGAUUGAGAAUAAUGCACCUGCUUUCGUAGAUAAUCUGGCAGCCCAAGAACUCACUCAGACGCCCCAAAUCACGGCAGGGGAACUCCUUCAGGACCAUCUUCUUCACCUUUUUGGCUUCAUGUUUGUCCUGCGAAAACAAGAUCAUCAACAAAAACCAGGACGAUGGUGAUUUUCCCAUCGCUACUCACGUAGAUGUAGAUGCACAAAUCCGAUGGGCAUCGGAUAAAAUUGAACUUGGUAGCCGCGAUCUUGUUGAAGUGGGUCGACCAGUAUUUCGGACUUUUUCGCAAUCCGUACAAAGCACGGACAAGCCUCUAAACGUAGCCGCCCGCCAUCUUUUCGCGGUCUUCUUCGGUUUUCGGGAUCCACCCCUUCGGUGGGAGGACGUAAAUAGCUUCACCCUCUGGAAUUUCCGCAUGCAAGCAGGAACGCCGUGGAAACGUCGGCGCCUUCCGGCUCCCAACCCAUUUUGCCACAGAUAGCAAGCACAGCGCGGAAGCUGUCAGCCAUCAAGGUCGGGGCGUAAGUCGAAUUGUCACCGGCCUGCGUGUACUGUCUGCAAGAACCCGAUGACGACGAUUCUGGCCUUAGAACGUCCAUCAUCCUUCAGCGUGAGAAUGAUCCUGCUAGGGAGUGCGCGCGCUCCCGGUGGUAGUUUCACCCAGACCCAUGACUGGUCCACCGCGCGGCACUCGGUCCGGAUUCCUCCAAUCCAGUUUUCUUUGUUUGUUGUAUCCGCCAUAGCCUCGUUUAGUCCGAUUCCAGCACUGUUAGCGGUUAGAUACUUCGCCACGUAGGACGAAUCCACUAACUCGUCGCACUUCGCCAUUUCUUCCGCCGAAAAUGACAAAUCCGGCUCGCCCAUAAACAUCAGGCUCUCGAUCUGAUCAGGAUCGUCUUCGUCGAAAGUCUUCUUGUCUCCGUCGUUGUGAAGAAUUUCUUUGCCUGGUGCGAGUCGGUGCGAAGUUGCGUUUUUCACCCAUGCAACGUCGUAAACUGGCAGAGUCUUGCCGCUCUCAAAAUCCAGCACGUUGCAGGCUCUCUUGUCGAAACAAUACGACAAAAGUCGACAGGGUCGGCGUCUCGGUUCAGUUUUGGACUUUUUGUGUUCCGGGUUCAAAACAAGGUAGCAACCCAAGUGCCAAAAUUCCUGGAGAUGUUUGCUCGUCGGCGCCACUCCGGUGCGCUCUUCGUGUGGUGAUUUGUUUCCCAAAGACGCUCUUGGCAUGCGGUUCAAAGUAUAGAAAAAAUACUUCAUCGCGUGCGGCCAGUAUUCCAAAGGUGCGCCGGAAUCGUACAAAAUGCACGCAGCGCCCUGGAUACCAAUGCGGUUCUCCACUUCGACUCCUCCAUUGAAAUGCGCCAGGUAUUCGGGUGAGCGUCGUGACUGAGUGCCUUGGUUUGUCAGUUCCUCCGCAAACGCCCCCAUGAAUUCCUUUCCGUUGUCGCUUUUCAUAAUUCUUGGCUUGUUCCGGACCUGUAGGUAGCGCCUCAGGUUGCUCCGCGUGCUCGUAGCGUGUUUCGUUUUGCAGAAGGUUGGCACCACGUCAAGGGUAUCCAGCUGUUUGAACAGUUGCAGAAAUUUGUUGCCGUCGUUGCUUUCCUGCAAAGGUCCAGCCAGAUCCGUGGCCACCGACCACUCCCGCCAGCUGAGUACGGUCGUCAGCCAUCGUUCGCCUGAUGCCCUUGCGCUGUCGCUUAGUUCGGUCGCAGGCAUCACACUCGCCCGGUGGCAAUAGUGGUAAGUGUCCGCAGCGCCAAUGCUCCUCCAAGGUCGUCGCCAUAAUCCGCACCAAAGAACUGAAGUCGUCGCAAGUUGAAGUAGAUGCAGGUCGUGUCUCCGGAUCAAACGCGAUGUCCGGCACCUUAACAUCGAGAAAGAACAACCCACCGGACCGAAGGAUUGGAACCGUUUCCCCCGGUUUUGAGUUGUGCCACAAGUGUGAUUUGUCGGAAGCAAAUCUCCAUCCGCCAUCUAGCAAUCGGGAUUCGGAUAAAAUGUUCUGGGUUAAUCGCUCGGAGAAAAUUGCCCCAAGCGCAACAAUUCCUACUGAAGCACGGUCGAACGACAGGGAGCGAAGGUGAGCAACAUCCACCGAGCACCCACCGCAAAUGCCUCGCGAUUGUCGCUGUUGGCCCGUUUUGGUAAGAACAAGAUCGCUUCGAUUCACACAGUGGUUGGUGGCUCCACCGUCUAACAGGAAUCGAGCUACGCCGUCGACACUCGUAGAAGCACUGAAAACAGCGCCCCCAGAGUUGGGCGUCUGCACAUAUUCCGCAGGUACCCACUCGGAAUCGUCUGGCCCCGAGCUCCCACGGCAUGGGAAGUCCACUAUGUGCACGUAGUCCGCCCCUGUUUCUACUGUGUAAGCAGAAAAUAGUCAGGGAUCUUCUGGGGACCGAUCCUUGUCGGCCUUGUUUUUCUCCUCGGUAGCGGCGUUUGCUUUCUCCUUCUUCUUCAUUUUCGCAAUUUCCCACCCCGGAUGGUAGUUGGGACAAUUGCCGCGAAGAACUCUAUUGCAUUUGUCUUUGUGUUCACAUCGCGGUCUGCGAUUUUCAUCUCCUCCGCCCGUCGUCGGUUUCUUGCCAAACCUCCCAGCGGCCUGCAUCUUGUUCGCCACCUCCUCAAUCUGCGUGGAGAGCGUGUUUUCCUUCGUUUCGGUAGAAGCGCCCCCAUUGAGGUUGCCCUUGUGGUAGUAGGCGACAAGUGCAUCGCUGACGCUUCGCGACUUGAAAUCCCCUCCGAUCAUCGUCUUCAAGUUCUGCAGCUCACUAUCAUCGACCGAACAGGUGAACAACAUAUACCAACCCCAGAACUCGCCCGGAAACGGGUCGGAAGUACACCCCAAAGCCACUUUUACGCGCUUGCGGUAGUCGUUGACCUUUGCGAGGUGGUCGUGGAUAGUAGCCUUGCUGGCUCUGCGGUAGAGGAAAAAUUCUGCCAAAACACCAAAAACCUGAAAUCUUAUGUCGCCCUUGAUUUUCUCCUCCAGGAUCAAGAUCCAUCGCAGCGUCGAUGGUCAGCGUAGUCGCGUCUUCUGCUCGUUUGACAAUCACGGCCCGGCCCUUCUGUGGAAUUGCUGAAAGAAAGUCAGAAACUGUCUCACUGUGCCCGAGCGUGGUCAUCUCGCGGCGCCAUAUGUUCACCAGUUGCGUCCAGGUAUCAAGAUCUUCUUUCCCAUCCCACUUUGGCAGUUGCGGACGGUCUUGUUUGGAUGGGGCAGCUGUAACAGGCGUCGUGGCAGCGGUGGCGGUCGAGGUUGUUGUAGAUGCAGCAGCGGGAGCAGGUGGGUCGUACGCGUCCAAAUCCAAAUCCUUCGCGAGUGCUUUAAUUUUCAGCCCGAUAGCCGUCGUCGCGGCGGCGGCCCCGAAGUACGAAGUCGCGGUCUCAGGUUUCAAGCAUCGCUUCUGGGUGUUGAACACCCGCACAAAGAAUUUCUCGCCGUCGUACGCCACAUCUUCCUCUCCGUCUGCUGUGCCAUCGGGGCACUUCGUCACAAAAACCUUAUCUCGCACCGUGCUGGCCCUCGUGUUGUCCAGGUUGUGCAGGUUGUCGACGAAAAUACAUUUUUCCCCGUCUACUGUUACGGUUCUCCCCGCCUUAAAGUAUGAAGCCGCUGCCAUUUUUGCACUAGUUUCGCAGUGUGACCACUGUAGGUUUUAUUUUUAAGUCCUAAAAAAAAUGUAAUCUGUGAUGCGAAAUGCCCACAACUCUAUGCUGUACCGAUGUAAACGAAGAGACUCCAAAAUGCGAAAUUCUACAACGAAGUCGAACAAAUCCCGAGUAGCGCGAUGUUGAGAGUGAGUGCUUUUCGUUUUCAAAUAAAUACUUGCACUCCACAGAAGGACACUGAGAAAAUAAUUCAAAACAGCAUGAGAAAUCUUUUCGCUUUCCGAGUGCCCCAGUUUUGCCGGACUACGGUUUCUCGUCGUGUUUGGCUUUCAAAUCUCGAAAAUCUUGAUCAAACGUUUUUGGAUCUCGUUGCGAUUUCAUCGAUAGCUGAGGUUGCAGCACCUUCUGUCAUGCUAGUUAGCAGUCCAACUUUUGACCCUUACCAGGACUAUAUCUAUAAUCUGCCUCCCGUGGGUCCUCUGCAAUAGAGUCACGUUUUGUGUCGCAUUUUAUGCAUUACAAAUUAUUUCAACUUUGACGAUUUCAAACCUGACGCUUCCAUAAGGAUAUGCCGGAGCAGAGCUCCGACUUCGUCCGCGCGACCUCGUUCCCGAAUGUGUAUUUAUAUCCUGUGCAAAAGUAUCGUACUCGUAUUGGUAUUGCAAUCAUGCAUUACAAAUCCUAAGGUAAAUCUAAAUCCGCAUAUACAAAUUUUAUUUCUCAUGCUGAGGAAAUUUGUAAUGCAUUUAUACCAGUGCGACACUUUUGCAAUUCAUAACUUGAACGUCAUGACAACCCUCUUCUCCACGAGGAAGCGUUUCUUGGCACGGUCGCGCAUGUCUCCUUCGCUCGCCGGGAAGCUGCUCAACGGGUUAGCGGGCGCGGGAGCCGGCUUCCUGACCGUCCUGGUUUUCCUGCUUAUUUUGUCCCUGGCACUGUUUGUGUUCGUGAUGGGCUGGGCUGGCGGGGCUUUGUGGUUGAGCUGGGUUCUCUUCUUUCCGGCGGUAAGUGGAUGGACCAUGUUUCCCCUUUUCAUCGGUACGGCAAUUCUCGACCUUACCGUCCUCAACCCGAAUGUGAAGCAGCAAAUGAAAUUGGAAGAGCAUUGGAAGUUCAAUGGGGUUGAAGAAUGAUAAUGCCGCAGGAGAAUCAUCUCUCUCCACCAAGGUGAGAGUUUUUUGCUCUCAGUCUGGAGGAGCCGAAAGGCGAAGGGGUCAGAUGGCACUUACGAUGAACCACGAAGACGUAAUAUACGGAACCGCGGAGAUACAUAAAUGACGAGCCUGGAUCAUCUCUUAUUCCGAUCUGAAGUUCUCUCUUGUUGUUUAUUUAUAUGAAAAAUCCAAAUUAUUAAAACUUUUAUAUUUACCAUUUAUUUCAUGUUAAGCUCCUAGUAGUGGUGAGCCGGCACCUUUGCCCUCUACGAGCAACAUCUACUUCACAUUUCUAAGCAAGCACUCCGUCCUACAGAUGACCUCUUCUUCGUGUCUACUUUUUAAAGUAGCGAGGCCGUAGCUGUUAGAGAGACCGGCGGCUACUUCUAGUGAUGAAGUGUCAUUCUAGAAGCGCGCGUACGGUAUUUCUCCAUCUAUCACGAGCAGUUUGACCUCGAGAUGUUUUUGACGUAUAUAGCAUGAGAGAUUAUUCCACUUCAAAAUCAAACCAACGCUUGACAAUAAAGUGAUGCAGAAAAAAUGUACAGCAAAAAUUCGGCGGCUUUUGUAUUCCCUACAAAUUUCUAGAUGUUAAAACAGGUCGGAGCAUGUUUGCCAUAUAAUUACUUGCAUGAUAUUUUCUUCUCCAAAAAAUUAUCCAAAUUUGACUUUUAUUACCACGGACCACGCGACGUGUGCAUGUGGUAGUUCUGCUGAGAAACUAUACCAUUUUUUGGUACUAGCAGCAUACUCCGCCUUCUAUUGACGAAGAAGUAGCACGUAUUGACGCUUGAACGUACUGACCGAGUCCUUUUCCGAGAACACCGGACGGGAGGAAAGGUGGGUGAAAGGCCAGCCCUUUGUACAAGACGAGGAAGAAAAAUGGGCUCUCGCUUCAGGAGGAGGA